AUGUCUGGGGCAACGAAAGAGCUGUUAUUGGAUGGAGAAGCAGACCAGCCAAAAAUACCGCAGCAGCUGGACACAGAAGACCUCCACGACGAUGACUAUCGCGAUAAUGCUGCCAGCGAGCCAGAUCAGCACGACGACGAUAGCGUUGGGGAGUACGAGGACGAUGACGAGCCUGUUGUGGUGACCCCCAAGCGAAGACGAGGUGGGAGGCCUCCUGGAAGCAAGAACAAGACCACCUUGGCCAGGGAGAAGUUGUAUGGUCCUGUUUUGAAGAAGCGCAAGAGGUUGUCUAGAAGGUUGUCCAGUCUUCAACCUCACCCCCAUUCCGAUGCCACUUCUGAUGCUCGUGAUAAUGACCACAGUGGUCGUGAAAAUGAUAACAACGAAGACAAUGAAGACGAUGUUGGAGAAGACGAUUGUGAUGACGACGAAGACCAUGACCAUGACCAUGACCAUGACCACGACAAUGAAAACGACCAUGAGAAUGACAACGACGACGACGACGAAGAUGAAACCCACUCAGUCACCGGCCUUACCAGAAAACGAAGAACAGGUAGAGCUGGUGGUUUCAAAAACAGGAAACUAAGCACUCCAGUGCCUCAGGUAGAUGAUGACGGUAAUGUUUUGUUGCUCGGCGAGUUGCAAGACGAAUACAUACUUCCUGACGAUCCUCAGGGAGAUACCAAAAUUGAUUCUAAUGGUAACCUACUAAACAAUCGAGAGUUUAGGGUCAGGACUUUUACUGUCAAAGGCAAUGGCGAGAAGAAAUACAUGUUGGCUACAGAACCCGCAAGAUGUGUUGGUUUUAGAGACUCCUAUUUGCUAUUCAACAAAUACAAAAGACUAUACAAAUACAUCAUUUCCAAUGAUCAGAAAUUCGAUCUUAUACACAGAGACCUUAUUCCUCAUUCUUAUAAGGGGAGAUCAAUAGGUUUAAUUACUGCAAAAAGUUUCUACCAGGUAUUUGGUGCCAAAAUUAUAGUUGGUGGAAAAAGAGUCACUGAUGAUUACUAUGAACAGAAAGCAAGAGACAAUGGCAGGGUUGAAGGCGAGUUAGCUGAUCCAACUGACACUGUCCCAGACGAUCCCAAAAAGUACGAUAAAAAGCAAUGGGUAACUUGGCAUGGUGCUUUACUAAAAUUUCAGAAGAAUAGCACGCCAAACAAUCUUGAUUCCUUGAUAGAUCUUCAGCAUAAUGAUCAUUCCAACAACGACUACAAUAUUAUUGAUCAGUCAAAAAAAUCAAAAACUUCAAAGUUGCUGGUCUCUGAUCCAAAUUGGUUAUAUGACCAUGCAGUAAAAUGCAGGGAAUACAAUCAUUUUUUAGUUCAAUCAAGGCUAAAUAUUCUCAAUCUAAGGAAUGGAAAAAGAGACCCUUAUACUGGUAUCAAUUUUUAUCCUUCGAUAACUCAGCCAACAGCUGUGAGAUAUGACAGAAUAAAACAUAUGCAUGAUGAUUCUCUGAUUGCAAACAAAAAGGCAAAAGUAAUUUAUGAGAUAAAUAUGAUAUCUCCCAACUUGGCCCGUCAAACAGGAUUGAAAAACGUUGAUUUAUCAAUAUUUGAUGGAAAAGUUGAUGAGAAAACAAAACAGGCAAUUUUGGAGCAACAAAAUUACGAAAGGGAAUGGGAAGAAUAUUUUGAUUAG